UCACCAGAGGAGACGGAGAAGGAGGAGGUCGAGGAACACACACACACACACACACACCCACACACACACACACACACACACAUACACACGCACGCGCGCGCGCGCACACGCACCCGUCGCCGAUCGCUCACAGCACAAGAUGAGCGAGAGACGCGCGUGUGCCGCUGCGUGACUCGCUCAUACAGAUGAAGCGGAGCGCGAGCGAGGAGCAGUGACGGCGAACUCGGGUGCGAAGGCUGCGCAACAACACGGACGGACACGCGGGGAAAAGACGCGCCGCUGCGCCGAGGGACUGAUGGGGGCCGGAGGUGCUGGAAUAAAGACGCAGUGGAAUAAAUGAUGGUUUGGAACAACGACACGCUGGAGGAAUAAAGACGUUCCGGAAUAAUAAUAAUUUAAAAAACGGUUCAAUAGAAGCGUCCAGGGGAAAAAAAAAGACCUACUGGAAGGGAGACUCAGCAAAUUCUUCUGAGGAAAGACACUGGAAUAAAUACAUCAAUUACGGAAUAAAGAGGGUGAAAGUGCAGUAAAACCAGUGGAGUAAAGGUUGGGUAGAAGAAGAAAAGCGCGGCUCGAAAGACUGGCGGCGGAAUAAAUCAGUGCCGCGGUCUGAAAUAAAGAGAAAGUGGAAAAUUGACACAGUGGAAUUAAGAGUCUGGAGUAGAGACACAGUGGAAUGAAUGAAGGCUCUGGAACAUAUAUAUCUAUAUCUGUAUAUCGAUAUACAGUGGAAUUUGGAAUAAAAACGCAGUGGAAUUAAAGCUCCGCUGUAAACAUACAUAGUGGGAUAUAUACACACACACACAGGGUCGCGCGCACCGGGGCUCGACCCCGUCCUCCGUGACGGACACGCACGCUGUAAACCUGGGGCACCAUGGGCAAUGCGGGCAGUGUGGACUCCCAUCACGCGGACUUCCGGGGCCCCUGCGCCCCCCCCAAGACGCCCAUGCCCGAGUCGGGCGAGCUGGAGGAGCGCUUCGCCCUCGUGCUGAACUCCAUGAACCUCCCGCCGGACAAAGCCAGGCUGCUUCGCCAGUAUGACAACGAGAAGAAAUGGGAACUCAUCUGCGACCAGGAAAGGUUUCAGGUGAAGAACCCCCCGCACACGUACAUCCAGAAAGUGAGAGGCUAUUUGGACCCCGCUGUCACCAGAAAGACAUUGCGGAGAAGGGUACAAGAAUCAACCCAGGUCCUCAGAGAACUGGAAAUAUCUUUAAGGACCAAUCACAUUGGCUGGGUGAGGGAAUUCUUAAAUGAAGAAAACAAGGGUUUGGAUGUACUGGUGGAAUACCUCUCCUUUGCACAGUGCGCAGUCACAUUCGACACUGAGAAUCCAGAAGCCACCACAGAGAACUCGGUAGACAAAUCCAAGCCCUGGAACACAUCCAUCGAGGAUCUGAAUGGGGGAACUACCAUCCCUGGCUCAGUGGGUGGAGGCAACCUAUCUCGUCCUGGACGGCACCUCACAUUCCGGAGCAACAACGUGCCUAAUCGACGGACCCUGAAGAACUCCAGACUGGUUUCUAAGAAGGAUGAUGUUCAUGUGUGUAUAAUGUGUUUGAGGGCUAUCAUGAACUACCAGUACGGCUUCAACAUGGUGAUGUCCCAUCCACACGCUGUCAAUGAAAUUGCACUAAGUCUAAAUAAUAAAAACCCCCGAACGAAAGCCCUCGUUUUAGAGCUACUAGCAGCUGUUUGUCUGGUCAGGGGAGGCCAUGAGAUCAUUCUUUCGGCAUUUGACAACUUCAAAGAGGCCUGCGGGGAAUCGCAGAGGUUCGAGAAGCUCAUGGAGUAUUUCAAGAACGAGGACAACAACAUCGAUUUUAUGGUGGCCUGCAUGCAGUUCAUCAAUAUCGUGGUCCACUCGGUAGAAGACAUGAAUUUCAGGGUCCACCUCCAGUACGAUUUCACAAAGCUCUGUUUGGAUGAGUACCUGGAAAAGCUAAAACACACGGAGAGUGACAAGCUGCAGGUGCAGAUCCAAGCCUACCUGGACAAUGUGUUUGAUGUGGGCUCCCUUCUGGAGGAUGCCGAGAUGAAGAACGCUGCACUUGAGCGGGUGGAGGAGCUGGAGGAGACCAUUUCUCACAUGACGGAGAAGCUCCAAGACAUGGAGAAUGAAGCCAUGGCCAAGAUUGUGGAGCUGGAGAAACAGCUGAUGCAGAGGAACAAGGAGCUGGAGUCUAUACGGGAGGUAUACAAAGAUGCCAGUAGCCAGGUGCACUCACUGCGGAAGAUGGUUAAGGAGAAGGACGAGGCCAUCCAGAGGCAAUGCAACCUGGAAAGAAAGAUCCAGGAGCUGGAGAAACAGGGAACCAUCAAGAUCCAGGAGAAGGGGGAUGGCGACGUUGCAAUCCUGCCCUCUGCAGUUCGCGGAGCUGCUCUGUCCACCAGCACAGAGAGUGUGGGUGAUGCUCAUUUAGGCGGAGUUGUCAGCACUCUGGGUCCACCCAAUGGGACCAUUCCAGGAGGGGUGUCACCACCCCCACCUCCACCUCCUCCUCUACCCACUGUAGCUGGAUCAGUGCCGAACGGGCCGUUGGAAACCUCCGCUCCGCCAGCUCCUCCCCCACCUCCUCCUCCUCCCCCUCCCCCGCCCCCUCCGGGCUCCGCCAUGGAGGUGUCUGCACCGUUACCCCCGCCACCUCCCCCAGGGGCACCCCCCCUCCCCGGCUGUGGCUCCCCUACCGUCAUCUUCAACUCAGGGCUGUCAGCAGUGAAAAUCAAGAAACCCAUAAAGACGAAGUUCCGCAUGCCGGUUUUCAACUGGGUGGCACUGAAACCCAAUCAGAUCAAUGGGACUGUCUUCAAUGAGAUUGAUGAUGAAAGGAUCUUGGAGGAUUUAAAUGUGGAGGAGUUUGAGGAGAUGUUCAAGACAAAGGCCCAGGGCUCGGCCGUUGACGUGAUCUCAACCAAACAAAGAGUCUCCCAGAAGGCAUCCAACAAGGUGACACUCCUGGAUGCCAACAGAGCCAAGAACCUGGCUAUCACGCUGAGGAAAGUUGGGAAGACGCCCGAGGAGAUCUGUAAAGCCAUUCAGAUGUUCGACCUGCAAACGCUGCCCGUGGACUUUGUGGAGUGCCUGAUGCGCUUCAUACCCACUGAGAAGGAGGUGAAGGUGCUGCGACAGUACGAGAAGGAGCGUAAGCCCCUGGAGAGCCUGACGGAGGAGGACCGCUUCAUGAUGCAUUUCAGCAAGAUUGAGCGACUCAUGCAGAAGAUGACCAUCAUGGCCUUCAUGGCCAACUUCUGUGAGAGUGUGCAGAUGCUCACGCCACAAAUACAUGCCAUUAUUGCAGCAUCGGUGUCAAUAAAAUCAUCACAGAAGUUGAAGAAAAUUCUAGAGAUCAUCUUGGCUCUCGGGAACUACAUGAACAGCGGUAAAAGGGGAGCGGUCUACGGCUUUAAACUUCAGAGUUUAGACUUGCUAUUGGAGACAAAGUCGACGGACCGGAAGCAAACGUUGUUGCACUACAUCGCAAACAUCGUGAAGGAAAAGUACCCUUCGGUGUCUCUUUUCUAUAAUGAGCUCAACUAUGUGGAAAAAGCAGCUGCAGUGUCGCUGGAGAACGUGCUGCUGGAUGUGAAGGAACUGCAGCGGGGCAUGGAUCUGUCCCGCCGCGAGUACAGCAUUCACGGCCACAACGUGCUCCUCAAGGACUUCAUCGCUCUCAACGAGGGCCGGCUGAAGCAGCUGCAAGAUGACGCCAAGGUGGCGCAGGAUGCUUUCGAGGAUGCGGUGAAAUUCUACGGGGAGAGCUCCAAAACCACGCCUCCCUCCGUGUUCUUCCCCGUGUUUGUACGCUUCAUCAAGUCCUACAAGCAAGCGGAGGAGGACAACGAGCAGAGGAGGAGGCAGGAGCAGAUGCUGAUGGAGAGGCUGCUGGAGCAGGAAGCCAUGAUGCAGGAAGAGAACCAGAAGUCUCCCUCCCAGAAGACCAAGCGGCAGCAGCAGGAGCUGAUUGCAGAGCUGCGCAGGAAGCAGGUGAAGGACAGCAGGCAUGUGUACGAGGGGAAGGACGGCGCCAUCGAGGACAUCAUCACAGCUCUAAAGAAGAAUAAUAUUACUAAAUUUCCCAAUGUCCACUCGAGGGUAAGGAACUCCUCCAGCAGCACCGCAACGGUGCUGGAUGUGACCCAACUCUGGCAAGCAUCUUUCUUUGUUUCCUAUGUCCGUGCACCGUACCGUGCUGAGAGCUGUCUACUCAGACAACCCCCCACAUCCCCCUCCCCGACCCCAUGCCACCAAAAGGCCUGUCCCGGGUCCCAGGUCCCGGUUCCCAGUUGCUCUCCUCCCAGCACGUCAAAAUACUGCUCUUUCAAGCUCAAUCUACAGGAAUCGAGUCGCCAAAGACUGGAAAUUUAAUUUCCCAUUGCAUCCGACCCGCAGUUGUCCCAUUCAUAUUAUAAUAUUCACAUAUUAUUUUCAUGUAUAAUAUAUUCAUAUAUUCGUAACACAAUCACAUACAGUAUAAUGCGUGCGCCACUAGGUGUGUUCACACCCACAGCUAUUAUAGACACACUCCUCGCGCUUCUAGUUAAUGUACCGGAAACUGUUUUAUGAGCAAUUGCUGCAUAUGUUAUGAAUAUGAGCGACCGCCAAGGGUCGGCUGUGCUGCGUUUAGUAGUAGUUAAUUCAUUCCAAUGUCAUGUUUCCAGCAAAUUCUACGUCAGCACAGCCGUUGUCGAAUUCUCUGAGCUAAUCAUUUACGUGACUUGCGACUUUUCGGCGAAACCAUCUGUUCGAAGAAUCCCCGUGCACGUCUGGUCUCAGAAUAUUGACCUAUAUGGUCAAUAAUAAUUAGGAUGCGGGCUGGUUUUCAGGAAGUACUGAGCACUACCUGGGUCAUACGGGUUGAGGUCAAAUCCCACCCGUUAAACAGGCAAGAUCGUUACAUAGAGAGACGCGAGUGAAAACACAUAAUAUGCAGUAAGGGACAGGAGAUGUUGUAACCUGGGACACAGACAUUAAAAUUAAUAAGUCUGUGGCUGUUAAAAACUGGAACAUUUAAAAAAAAAAAAAAACAGG